UUUCUGUUAAGGUUUUACAUACUAAACAACACAUUUAGUGCAAAUUGAAUUCAGUCAUUCAUAUACAAACACAACUUAGUCAUACAUGUACUGUACUCUUCAGACAUACAUAUAUUUCACUAUCUACACAUACUGCAUAAAAUUUUAAAUUAUGUUAAUCAGUUUUAUAUGUGUUUAUGAAAAGGUGUUUUUUUUUUCACCUUUAACUUUUACUUGUUUGAUCAGUGUUAUGCUAUGCUAAAUCUCUUUCCUUGAUAUGACAAUGCGGAAUUUUUUCUACACCUCACUCUAUGCAGGAAAUAACAGUUGUUUUCUGAACAACUUCUGAUGGUAAACUAUUUUAACUUUUGUAAACACAACACAAUAAUGAUAAGUAAUAAGUUGCUUGAAUUCAAAAUAUGUAGCUUCUUUUAUGGUAAUAACAAUAUGUUUAAAAUUCUAACAUUCACUAAUUAUAAAUUAAUGAAGCGACCACUUCACUACAUUGACUAAGGGUAGUCAAUAAUCAUCACACACUUGGUCUUUCAUUUUAAGAGAGUAAUAAACCUGCACUAGUUUUUUUGAUUUCUCAAAUGAAAGGCGAUUCCUGUUGGCAUUAUGGACAAACGACCAGUUGGAAAAAACUCUCUCCAAUUGCGCAGAUGAUGCUGGAAUGUUUAGUAAUUUACUAGCCAAAUCUGCUAGUUGCUUAUGGUGCCUCUUUGCAAAAAACCAAAAUGUUUUUGGAGAUUUAAUGCCUUUGUUGAUACGGUCACCAAAUAUUCCAGCCUUUUCCCGAUACUGUUGAAAACUUGAGAGACCUUCUGCAUCCAAAGUUUUCAAUAUGAAGCCUUCCACUUGGUUGUGGUGUUCUUCAUUAAGAUUCUGACCUUGAUAUUGUGGGUGAAGUACAUUUGCUGACAUGCUGUAUAUAUUUAGAGAUUGUUUUCUCCGCUUCUCAAGAUGAUGAUGUUUGUCAUUAUGACCAUCAGGUAACUGUAGUGACAUCCACAUUUCUACUGCAUCAGCAACACUGCUGUCUGACUUUUGACAAGCAUUAAUAAGCUGGCUUACAGGAUCUAAAAGCGCAAUUGUAUCAUUUACUUGUGAAAGAAAAUAUUCAUCAAAUAAAAGACAUUUCACUUGUGGUGAAAUUUUGGCUAAUUCAUCGCUAGCUGCCACUUUACGCAUUGCUGUAAUGUUGCUUUUCAGAGAAGCACAGGCAUCUCGUUGAGAGCACCAGCGAGUGUCCACUGCAAGACAAACUCUAGAACCACUAAAAGACAAAAGUUGGCGCUGCAGAGCUGGAUGUUUGAAUGUUUUCAGAACUUCAUUUACCUUUGAAGACACGUUUUUUGGUAGAAGGUCCAAAUUUAGCAACAGCUAAGUCAAUUUCUUUUUUUUUUUUCAGAAGCAUUCAUGGUGUCAAUAUAACUUGUUAUUGUAUCUCCAGAUGUAGAGCUGAGGGACCGUUUUGUAGGUUGGCUAGCAGAACCAGUAGACUCCUUAUCCAAGUCAGUAUGUGAUGUUGAACUGCCACAACAGCUGGUUUUUAGGUCCUCCUGUUGCAAAUGAUUGUCCACCAUCUCUUCAUCUUCGACUGACAUCUCGAGUGUAGAGCGGGGCCGGAAACAUUCUGCGAGUGUUGGCUCUUGUGGAUUUUUUCUACAACAGAUUCUUCUAUGAGCUUUGAGACGCUCCUUUGCAGUUUUUUUUCACUAUCACUUCACAGAAGCAGCAUUUAAAACAAUUUUUAUUUUCAACUUUUAUAUGAACAAAACUAAGUUCUCCAUAUAUGUUAUGAAGUGGUCUGCCACCACGAUUCAUUAUUAGAAGUUAUAAUAAAUAUCAGAUUCUCACCACAGAAGGACUUGUCUUGCUAACAUAACAACAUCUGCUACAUCACUGAAUCUGUUUCUUGUUAGCCAAAUUUGGUCUAGAAGAGGAAGUGUGUCUCACUGUCACUGUAAUAUGAUAUGGUUGGGAACUCUGGUGAUAUGUGAGUGUGACAUCCAUACUCGCCUCUUGCCUUUCCAUGUAGUGAUAAGAUAACAAUGUUCCUAGAAUACACAUGAUACAUUACUUGAGCAAUCAUAUCAAUUGCAUGCUGACCACAAUCAUAUCAAUUGCAUGCUGAUGUCAAGCUUUGGCCACCACUUGUGUGGAAAGACUUAUAUUCUACAUUAACAGGCUCCAGGCCACAUUUAAUAAUAUUAUUAAAAAUAUAAAAUGGCAGCAAAGGUUUUUUUACGUAUUUUACUUUUUUUUAACAUUAAUUACGUGUUUUUUACGUGUAUUUUACAUGACGUGUAGAAAACCAUUUUUUACAUGUCAAGUCCCAACCCUGCCUACAUGUUAACAUUUUGUUUUGUAAUUGAAUUACAUAUUUAUUGAACCACAGUGUUUUGAAUUUUUUUUAAUAUUCAUGUCAAAAAUGGGAAGUUUUAGUAAAGUUUGUGUCUGCUUUCUGAUAUUUAUGUUUAAGGUGUGGUACGGUUAGCUGAAGGGGAGGAGGAGGAGGAUGCCAAUAUAAUUAGGGCACAGUUAAAACAUCAAUAUUUUUUGUAAAACUGAAUUUUUUUUCAUAAUUGGUCAGGGAAGUUUCAAUGAAUGGUCAGGGAAAGUCAAGGAAAAGUCAGGGAAAUAAAUUUGACUCAGGCUGUAGGAACCCUGUAAUGUAACGUCAUUUAAAUUUAAUAAGUACUUAUAAGUAUCAAGUUACUGUAUUGGUUGUUUUAAAAAAUUACUCAUUAUUUAGAACCAAUUUUGAUAUAUAAAAAUUACUAAUGUGUCAUCCUUAGAAGAUAAGAUAUAUGCUAUUGUGGACUUCUUGUGUGCCAUUUUAAGGGGAAUUAGGGCUCGCCAUCUUACACUUUAAAAUAUUUUGAUAUUUUUCGGUUUCACAUGGAGUUGGACAUAGCUUUGGCUAUUUGUUGGAGUUAACACUUGUGAACUGGUGUAAUCACAGGGUUGGCUGGUUUAACCAAGUGGUUUUUAUAAGAAAAACUAAAUAUUUUUAAAUAACAUAUUUUUAAAUAGGAUGUCUUAAUUUUUUUUAAUGGACUGUAGGAGUUGUAAUUCACUUCGAAAGUCUUAAUUUCAUAUGAACUUUUGAGACCUUAGUUAACUUAGCUAUAUUUUUUCUUUCUCUUUGUUUAGAUUUUUAUACUAUAUAAUUAAAAAUGUUACAGCUGAAUUCCCUGGCCACCAGAUACAACUCUUAAGUAAUACAUGGUAUCAUAGUUAUUGCCUAAUAAAACGAGAAUUUGAUGCAAGUUUAACGAGCGUAAAGCUGCUAAUUGUCAUACGUGACUAGCCGUCUUGUGUGACUGUACUUGUAUUAUUGUUGCAUGGAGUCUGUACACCUGAUGGUACUUAUAUUGCUGUUGCAGAAGACAGUGGAGAAGAGCAAGUUUUAUAAUGGAUAGACUUACCACCUCCAUGUGUUGAUUUCACUUUAUUCUGGGGUCCCUUUAAAAGUAAGGUACUAUUUUGUUUUAAAUGUAGACUGCUGUUUGAAAGCAAUUUAGUGUAGUUUAAUUUGUUCAUAAAACUGCUGAUCGACAAGUAUGUGGCACCUACCCCUCCCCUCAUAUUUGUGCUCGGGCACCCAUCACGACUGUUGAGUUCCAGAUUCUUAUCCCAGUAUGAGCAAAACAAAAGAUUUUUUUUUUACCUCUUCUUGACACACACAGUUUCUUCAUGAAAUGCCCCCCACUGCAUGUUAACAAGCAGAACAUGCUACUUCCAUGCCCAGGACAAGUAGCUUCACAUCUUACAUCAAGGUGCACAUACUGUGGCCGGCAGUUAUCUUGGCGUGUCUCAGCGCGGGGGUGCGGGGACAGCGGGACCGGAGAAAGAAGAGGGGGUAAGCAAGCGACACGUAGCCGAGAGCCGUGUAGUGGCUGUUAGGAAAAUAUCGCCCUUCAGUGUAUACUCGAAAAUGGAAGGCGAAUGUGGCAUCUCGCACAGGCGCGGUAAAGUGAUACAUAGCGGAGAGCGGGAAAUAAUAAAAACCGUGAUGCAGUUUAUUGAUGAAGAAGCGAAAAAUAAAUGUCUGCUCGAGCCUUUACAGAGACAGACGGCAAGAGCAGCGAAGUACACGGGUGUGAGUGAACGGUCCAUAGUCAGGAUUCGUAAAGUCAGCAAAAAACAACCACAUGACCCACAGACUACGCCAGGAAAAAAACAGAUAUUUAAGUAUUUAAUAAACAUUGGAAAUAUAUCUUUACUGCGUUACUAUUACGUAGUGUAGAGUGGAGUAAAAUAUUUGGGCAGUUAGGGUGUGUGUGAGUUGGGCGGCUAUUAACAAGUAAGGGUCUUGAUAGCCUAUUGUGGAGAAAUGAUGAGUAUGAAGCGUUGACGAAAUGACAGAACGGGGAAAACGGGAGUACCUAGAGAAAGUAAUAAGAAUAGUAAUAUUAGUAAUUAAUUUUAACUUAAUUUUGGUUUUUCGUCACCUAAUACAAUCAAUUAUCAUGGAAAGAGAACUUCACACUUACAUUAAACAAAUCAUUAAAUAUAUAUGAUGUUUUGAAGGUUAUAAUAUGCAUUCUAAAGUGGAAGUACAAUGCAAAUUGUAUUUACAUUUAUAAUAAAUAAUCGAUUAUAGGUGCAUUAAAAUAUAAAGCCACACAUACACAAGCAUUUUUAAAUGCCAUUAACGUUGGUAGUCAGGUGUUUCCUAAACGACUGACAUGAAGUUAAAGCAGCAAAUAUAACAUAACAAGCUUCAUGUUUACUUAAAUGUACAUCCAGCGCUAAAUGGAACGUUUUAGGUACGGAAACCGGAGAACGAUAAGGGCUAGACUGGCUCCUGCGUCAUCAACUGUGAGAUAGCUUUCGCGCGGAGAGCUACAAUUGCGUAAUGUUUUGGUCGUUUCCUUUUUCUUGUAAGACUUUUGUUUUAAUUAACUUUGAGAACACAAUGAAUUGAGAAGCAUAGUUUUAAAUUUAUUUUAAAUACUAAGUGACCUAGUUUUCAAAAAUAAAUCGUGUCUGGUUUUCGCUAGUUACUGAGAUAACAUUUCAAUUAAUUUUGGUUAGCAUAAUGAUUAGCAGACACCGUAAGUAUAUUUAAUGGGACAAAGUAAAACGUUACAGGUUUAGAUAAUAGUUUGUUACUUUUUCUGACAGAUGAGUACAAAUAUUCGGGCAGAACCACUGCAAUUUACACAAUGUUACACUUAUGUAAUACAAGCAGGGCUAGAUUUUAAGGAAUAUUUUAACCUGCCCAACGGACAGGUGUAAUCGAAAUUUUGCCUGUCCGCCAUCCAAUUUGCCUGUCCGCUGUUUUACCCAAAUAAAAAAAAAUUCAAAGUCGCUGAAAAAGUGAGGAAAAAGGAUUUUUGCUAUAUUUUGCACCUAUUUUUAUCACACACUUAACAUUCUUAUUUAAUAAUCAUUUUCAGACGAGUCACUGUCUGAGUCACUGUCUGAGUCACUGCACGAAUUACUUGGCUGAUUCUGUAUUGAACAUCUUCGAUAAGGAGGCUGAAAGGGUCGACGUUUUCUCUGAACAUUAUGAUACCAGAGAUUUAUUGCUGGUGCUGGAUCAAACUCACUUUCAGAAGGUGACUGUAUUUGAACACGCAUGAGGGCAGACAGUGUAUCAUCAUUUAGACAGUUUCGCCAGUCUGUCUUUAUAGACUUCAUGAGCGAGAACCCUCGCUCACAAUCUGCAGUGUGAGCUGGCAGUGAUACAGGGUGUCCAGCGACCUGGAAAACCUGGAAAACCGGGAAUUGUCAGGGAAUUUCGUGUGUCAGGGAAAUGUCAGGGAUUUUUUAAAAAUCGUCUGGAAAUUUUGGCCGUGUUUGUUCUUCACGCAGCAGCACGAUACAAUAUGCAUAUCAAUUGUUCAAUUCGCCGCGUACACAAUGAUCGACGUAUCGAUUAUAAUCGGCACAUGGCUGUACACAUUGCGGCCUGUUAGGCUGGCCAAAAUGGCGCGCAUUUGUGUACUCUUGUUGAUUUUGGUUAUCGUUUUUGUUGAUGGAUAAGUGAAUUAUUAUAUCAUCAGCCAAACAAAGGUCACAACAUGGCUUCAAAACUCAGAAAAACUACAUUCAGGGAUGAAUGGAACCAGAACCCAUCCCUCUCAUGGGCUCAGGCUAUUGAUGGCAGCCCAUAUGCAGCUUGGUGCAAACUUUGCAAUCACAGGAUUGAACUGAGUAAUAUGGGGAAGCAGGCUCUUACCAGUCAUGCAUCUGGAGUGAAACACAGCAGAAGAGUGCAAGGAUUUCACAUGAGUUCAUCCAUAGCAGUGUACUGUAAAACAACUAGGCCUACAUCAGCAGCGUCACAAAAUAAUUCUGCUUCAGAGUCUUCUUCACCUUUGUCUGAAUCUUCAAAAUUGUUUAGUUCUGAUGUACCCAGCUCACCUCAAGUAUCUUCCCCUCCGUUGUUCCAAACAGAUCCAGUCAACAGUUCUAAAUCUCUGCCUGAUACUUCCUCGAAUGCUGAUAAUUCUUAUCUAAACCCAUCCGCAACAUGUUCUUGCACGUGCACAUGUGGCAGUGCUAGAAAGGAAUCAAAAUCAUUGACAAAUUACUUAUUAAAUGAUUCUGUAACACGUGCCGAAAUACUUUGGUGUUUGUAUUGUGUUAUGGCUCAUAAUUCCUUAAGGAAUGCAGAAAAUAGUGUAGCAAUGCAUCGUAAGAUGUAUCACGACAGCAAAAUUGCAGCUAAAUUGCAGUUGGGAAAAUCGAAAGUAUCCUAUACAAUAGUUCACGGAUUGGCUCCAGAAUUUCAAAAGGAACUGCAUGCUGAUAUAUCAAAAUCUUCUCAUCUUGUAGUUGGCUUUGAUGAAAGUUUAAAUAAAAUUGCCCAGAAACAGCAAAUGGACAUUUCUGUCCAUUACUGGAAUGAAGAUGAUUCAAUUACUUGCACUCGAUAUCUUACAUCAGCAUUUCUCGGCCAUUCAACUGCAGCAGACCUGUUAAGUGCUUUUAAAAACUCUUUGCCUGUGAAUACAUUACACAAAAUUAUACAGGUGUCGAUGGAUGGCCCCAAUGUAAAUUUGCGGUUUUUAAAAGACUUGAAGCAAGAUUUGAAGGAAGGUCGUACUGAUGAGGGGGUAAUAUUGGAUAUCGGCACUUGUGGCUUACAUUCAUUACACUGUGCCUUCAAAGGCGCAAUGAAGGAAACUGGUUGGGAAAUUGUUAAAUUCUUGCGUGCUAUUUACAACCUGUUUCAUAACAUCCCCACUCGUCGUGCAGACUACAUUAGAAUAACUGGUUCCAGCUUGUUUCCUCUAAAAUUUUGUCCAGUUCGUUGGUUAGACAACGUUCCUGUAGCAGACAGAGCAUUGAAAAUUUUACCAAAUCUUCGGAACUAUGUUGCUGGUCUAAAGUCAAAUACAGAACCUACGUGUGCUAGUUUUGUUAUAGUGAAAAGUGCUAUUAAAGAUGUGUUACUUGGACCUAAACUUGCUUUUUUUUCAUCUGUUGCUGCUGAAGUUGAACCACUUCUCAAAGAAUAUCAAACAAAUGACCCCAUGGCGCCGUACCUCUUUUCCGACUUUUCUUCAGUCAUCAAGAAUUUUAUGACUAGAUUUGUCAAAGCAGACGUAAUGGCAAAUACUACCCUGAGCAAAAUAGAUUUAUCUGCAAAUAAUCUUGUGUCAAGUAAAAAAAUUGACUUAGGUUUUGGGACACGAGCUGCAUUACGUUCAGAAAAUGCAAGUCAGAAGGAUAUGGAAUUAUUUAGAGCAGACUGGCUAAAAUGUGUGAAAAGGAUUUUAAAGCGCUCACCUCUUACAUUCAGCUUGACAAGAGGCAUUUCAUUUGCUGAUCCUUCUGUAGCCCUUAUUCCCGAUUUGGCGAUCAAGAGGCUGUCAUGUGCCUUAGAUAUAUUUGUUAGUCAUAAUUGGCUCUCUGGAAUUCAAGGUGACAAAAUAUCGAAGGAAUUCAAAAGAUUGUGUUCAUUGACUGCAGUGCAGGAACAUUUGAAACUCCAUGUCCGAUCCAAAGUACGCCUGGAUAAGUUUUGGUUUGACCUUUUAAAUGUUUACUGUAGUGAAAAUACAGGGCAUUUAGCAUCUUUUUUGAAAAUGAUAUUUAUUAUGUCUCAUGGCAACGCAGCAGUAGAAAGGGGAUUUUCAAUAAACAAACAGUGCUUGGUAGAAAAUCAGCUGGACAUUUCACUGAUUGCACAGCGUACAAUUCAUGAUGGUAUUUUGUCAGCUGGAGGUCUGGAUAAUUUUGUCGUAUCUAAAAGAUUUAUUCAUGCUGCUCGUAAUGCAUAUUUAAAAUACAAGGAAUACACGGAACAACAGAAGAAGUUAUUACAGGAAAAGGAAGAACAAGACACAAGAAAAAGAAAAGCAGCUGCUGAACUCUCUGCUUUGGAAGCUAAGAAAAAGAAAAUCUUGGAAGAUGCUGAAAAAGAAGCUGCUGUAUUAAGCUUCCAGAUAGAAGCUUUAAAAAAGUAGUGCUGCUAAGAAAAACCUUUGUUAAAAUUUUAAUUUGUGAUUGGACUUAAAAGGUUUUUUUAAAGUUUUAAGUUUGGAACUAUUGCAUACUUAGCUAAUUUGAAUACUAUAUAUAUUAUUUUUAAAUAUGAAGUGGAACUGACUUAUGUUUUCAAAACCAUCUAGUGAGUAACUCUUGAAGAAAUUGAGGAACAUGGUGAUAUGUGAGUACAAUAAACAUAUUUCAUAUAUUUUUUUCACAUUUUGUAUUUUAGUAUUAGACCUAUUUACACAGUUGCUGUUGCUUAAAAUUUCGCAGUAUAUUUUUACAUAUAUUAUAGUGUAAAAAAUAUUGACAAAGUUUAUAAGAAUUUAAAUGGGAACGAGCAUAGUGUCAGGGAAAAUCCUAAUUUUGUCAGGGAAAACAGGGAAAUGUCAGGGAUUUUUGAAAUCCAUUUUCACUGGACACCCUGUGAUAGCACAAGAUCGAUGAGAGAGAGUACAUUUUCAUACUCAGUGUGGUAUUUGAGAUUGAUAUCACUCCAAUUUGCUUUGGUUACUGGAUUAUACAGCUGGUAAACUGUGGUCUUUAGACUAUUCCAUUCCAACUCAAUCAUUUCACACUUUACUCCAUUAUUCACAAGGGAGGGAGAAAAAAAGGGUAUCAACCUAACGAUGCAAGUGUCACCAAACUCUGGCUGAAUGCUUGUAGGCCACGUUUUAAAACUACACACAUUUGUAGCAGUCAGUAAUUCACAGAGUCCAGUUUUCUUAUCUCCAAGGCGAGAUUCUAAAUUUUCAACAAUUGCAUUUAUAACAGCUGUUUUCUUGGGUGUCUGCAAAGGAGCUCCUUUCAACUGCUUAGCUUCAUCUUCAAUUAAUUUGUUGCAUGCACGGAGAUGAAAGUCAUCUUUGUCACAGAGCUUCUGCAACAUGGUGAUAGUAUCACACAGUGACUUUUGUGUUUCUGCUACAGUCAAAUAAGGAUGUUGCAAAAGUUGUGAAAAGUAACUCAAAAUGGAGGUUACAUCGCAAAAGAAGUGAAUAUACUGAAAAAAUUCCAAAUUGUUCAGUGCAUCUUCAAUAAAUUUGCAUGAACCAGCAGUUGAUGCAUUACACGUUGAUUCCUGGCGUAAAUUUUCUGCAGUGAGGAUAAGUGCAGGAACAAUCUUGAGCACAUUUGUCAAGGCUCGUUUGGUGUGAGAAACCCAACGAGUGCCUCCAACUCUGGUAGGUACGCAGAACUUGAUUCUCAGAGUUUCACAAUAUUUUUUCAAGAUCGCUCGGUGCACUGGACUGUGGUGGAAGAAUGCAUAUAAUUUCUUCAAGAAAUUUUCCACUUUGAGAUUCAAUGGUAUUUCAGAAAGUGCAGCCUUCAAUGCGAGUUCAAGACGGUGUGCUAGACAAUGUAUAGCAACCAAAUUGGGCUGAAUUGAUUGUUUCAAUUUGGUACUAACUCCAUUAUGCAAUCCUCGCAUCACUGCUGCACCAUCACUUGCAAAGCCUACCAAAUGCAGCUUUAAAUCUGAAAUGGUGAACCCACAAUACUCAUUUAAAACACACAAUAUGCAGUCAUAAAUCAGGGCUGCAUUAGGCCUUUCUACAUGUUUAACACCUACAAACUUACAAUGUAUUACCCCUUUAACAGCAAACCUUACAUAAACAAUGACCUGUUCUUGUACAGCACUGUCUGUAGACUCAUCACACAUUACUGAAAUAUAUGGUGCACUUCUUAAGUUACUUUCCAAUUCCUGGCGUUCUAUUUCUGCAAUGGAACCCAGAAAUUCUUUGCACUUCUUGUCAGUGCGGUAAGUAUUACCAACAUCCAGGCCUUUCUUUGUGUCAAGUAUACACUGCCAAACAAAGUCUGUGAAAGGUCGCCCAUGUUUAGCCAGGGCAUGAGACGUACGAAACAAUAUUUCCAGUUUAGUGAAAACAUCCUUUUGAAUACUUUGUAAGGUCAUCUCUGCUUUGGAUUGUCCAGGUUUUGUCAGUAUUGCAUCUUCCAUAUCUUGAGACUUGUUGUGGGCACUGCUUGUAGCAUGCAACGUUAGGUUUUCCUUGCGAAAACUUGAGCAGCCCGUAACAAAAACUGAUCCAGAUGAUUUUGAAUGCGUUUCGCAGACUUUGCAAAACAUUUGUUUUGUUUCUGUGUCGUAACGAAGCCAAAGAAACUCGGAACACCAAGACGUUAAAAAGGUACGGGACCGGGCGAUUUUGUCAUAUUUAACAUUAUAUUCUGACUUGUCCUCGUCCGUUUUUCUUUUCUUUUCUGGUGGUUUUGAAGCACCAGUAAUGAAUUUCCACAUUGUGUAACGCAGUUAAUUAAAUACUUAAACAAUCGCCGUGACAAGAUAAACUGUAAAAGAUUACCGUGUCCUCUGUAAACAAGUAAUGUUUUUUUUUGAUGCAACAGUUGACAGGCGAAUUUUCAAGCAGUCGUAGUCACUGCGGCCACUGUCAGCUGCAUCUGGAGUACGCCGUGAAAUGUUAACCACGCGAAAACGCUUUUCUGUUAACAAACUAUGUUAAAGUAGAGCAAGGAAUUAGUAAAGUCGCGAUUUAUAAAGACAAUAAAUUUAAAAAAUUAUAUUUUGAAAGUAUACAACGGUAAAUUACGUAAUUGUUGGCUGCACUGCAACGAAAUUAAUAUUAAAACAUGGCAACAAAAACAAACAUCAUUGGUGUGAGACGUUUUGCAUCUCUAGCAUACGAAUACGACUAUGUUACGUGAAUCAUGACGUGAACGUAAGAUUUUAAGAAUUAUGAUUCAGAAGAUUUCAUCACGGUUUGUACAUAACCUACUUUUUUUUUUUUUUUUUUCCGCGGUGUACAAUAGCCAGAGUCGUCCGUCACAAAAGAGCAGCCAUUGUUUAUUUAUAGAUAUUGUCAAAGACGUUUUAUUUGCGGUCGCGGUCGCAUAAAUGUUAUUAAUCACCUCUGCUGCAUUAGUGCGUGCGAAUAACCUCGGCGUCACAAGUUGCACCUGUCCACCGGACAGUUGCCUUUUUUAUUUUGCCUGCCCGGACGAGAUUUUGCCUGUCCCGGGCAGGCGGACAGGCGCUAAAAUCGAGCCCUGAAUACAAGUACAAUUCAUAGGAUUUCUCACUUUUGGUUUAGUAACCCAGCGCUCUUAGCCAAAAGGCCUUACCGCCCUGGGGCCCCCACGGACGUGGAUACAGACUCAGUGGCGUAGCGUGCCAUCUCGGCGCCUGGGGCGGGAGACCCAUUUUGCCGCCCCCAUUCUAUAGGUGCUUAGUUAAAAUUAAAUUUCACAUGCAAUGAGGUACCUUUUAUUGAAGUUAAAAUAGGAUGAGCGGUUUUACAAGCGGAUUCUACGGGCCUUAUGAGCAGCGAAGUCAGAAAUAACUAUGUCAAAAUCAAUAUUAGCAGCCAAUUCUUGUUCAAUCGACAAUAUAGCCAAGUUUGAUAGUCUAGCGGAGCUCAUAGUAGAUCUGAGGUAAUUUUUUAUUAGCUUCAACUUCGAAAAACUUCUCUCACAACUUGCAACACUAUCACACUCGAACUUGCUGUCCAAAAGUUUCGCUGGCAUCAAAAAUCUGAACUUGUCCGAUAUUUCUUGAAUUUGCUGGAAUCGAGUCGUCAUUUCUUGAAUGAUCUUGUCGAAUGAUGCGAUAAUCUCUCGACGGAUUUCCUGUUCGUGAGACAAAGCUGCAUCUUCAGAAGAUUCAUCGCCAUGUACGGUUUUUUCCUGCGAAUUCUUCUCGUUUUGAGUUCGAUUCCGAGUUUUUCGCAGAGAGUCUUAGCAAAGUCAAUUGCUUCUUGCACGAAACGGUCUCUACUUUCCACUAAGAGGGUUUUCAAAGCGCAGAGUUUCUGAGCACACUUAUCCACACUUAGUCCUCGUUGCUGCAGGUAAAUCUGUGCGUCAUCUACUUCAGGUAGCACUGCAGCCCAAAAUCCAAGAAAAGUUAGGAAGUUAAAUGACUGUAUGGCUGUCAGGAGAAGACUGGCUCCCGAUCUUGUUUCGGAAGUUUGAGAUGAAUCUGUUUAUUGUUCCAGUACCUCAAGAACUACCUCAAACUUAUUUUUAAGCAUCUUGACAGCUACAUGUCUAGCGCUCCAGCGCGUUUCAGUGACUCGUUUUACUGCUUGACCUGUGACGGCAACCAAAGCGUUCCAUCGAACAGUUGAUGCGGAAAAGAAGGCAAACAGCUUCUCCAGAGUUCCAAAAAACGUCACGGAAUCCACUGAUUCAGAAGCAGCGUGUACCCCAGCCAAGUUUAGUGAGUGGUUUGUGCAUGCAACGAAUAUAGCUUUCGGAUUCAGUGCUUUAAUCCGGGCUUGAACUCCAUUGUGGAUCCCUGACAUUGUGGCAGCAUUGUCAUAAGCCUGUCCUCUCAGAUUCUGUAUGUCCAGUCCGUCUGAUGUUAUCUUCGCGAUUAUAUCGUUGCUGAGAUCUUCUGCAUUUUUUCCUUUUGGUUCGAAGAAGUCAAUGAAAGGUUCUACCACGGCGACUUUUUCUCCUUCGAUAUGUACGUAUCGCAGAACUUGGCUCAUUUGGUCAUUGUGGGAGAUGUCUGGUGUACUGUCGAAGAUUACGCAAUAAAAUUUAGCUUCUUGAAUACGACGGAUGAUGGUGGAUCGAACUUGCUGUCCCAGUAAGUUUAUAAAUUAAUUAUGGGUUUCUGGAGAUAGAUACGAAACUGAGACUCUUGCUCCCAGCUAUAUCUUUGUCAGGUGUUCCAUUAGAAGAGGGUCGUAUUUAGCUAGGAGGUGCACUAACUCCAGAAAGUUCCCGCGAUUGCCACUAUCAUCUCCUCGAAUGUCUUCUCGAUGUCCUCUGAAGGCCAGAUUCUGUUUGGCUAAGAACUGGAUAAUAUUCAGCAACCUGUACAGUACAUCCCUCCACUUCUUUUCCUCACUUUAGAAAACUUCUUGUUGUUUCUGAUCGAUGGUUGCUUUACAGUUCAGGCGAACUUCCAACUCCUUCCAUUUCAAGAAGCUCUGUUCAUGUUCCAGGCUAUUUUCAUGGUCUCCUAUUCUUGGAUUUAGCUUCCACCAUUUGUUGAAUCCUUCUUCAGAUGCGAAGUUAGAGCCGUAAUUGCCAAACAGCUGGCACGAAAAACAAUACAAGGAUUGCUUCAAAGGCGAGUACGCCAUCCAUGUUCGGAGAACCUUUUCGCCUUUAGAUAAUGGUUUGUAGAACCACUCUUUGGUUAGUUUUCGGGUACCGCCUUUCGUUGAAGUCCCUGAGCGAACAACAUCGGCAAAUUUGGAAUCGAUGUGCUGUACUGAGUCAGAUCCGCGACGUACUAGAAGCGUUCGUACUUCAUCGGUCAUAGGAGAAGGCCAGCAACCUACAUCGUCGAGAUUCACAUCUUUUAUUUCGGCAGGAGCAGAAGGCACGAUUUCAAUUAUGUCUUCUUUGGCAACAUUCACUUUUUCUGCAGGCUUAUGACUAGAUGCUUGAGGUACUUUUGAUGAGUCGACUUCGUCUUGACCCUGCUCUGUGGUGGGACCAGAACUACUUCCAACUGUGACGGCAGGUACGUCUUCUUCUUGUACCUGUAAAAUAAGUUAUGUAUUCCCAUGAAUAUUGGCCGGAGGACACGUUCGAAUUUCAAAUAAUUAUUUUAUCUAUCACAAAACAAAAGUGGUUUUGGUGACGGCGCGGUUUUCCGGGCUUAUAGGAAAAUUUACAAACAAAAUUGAUUUUGUAUGGAAGCUACCUUUUUUAGAGUUUCCCGGUAAAAACUGACUGAGUAAGCCAUGUUAUAGAUGUUAUUAAAAGAUAAAAUGACGAGAAAUUUGAGAAAAAUUGUUGGUGCUAUUUUUGAGCUAAAUGAAAAAUUAUGUUUUCUUUGUAUGACAGGUACCAUAAAUAAUCAAGUUAUCCAAAAACAAAACAAAAA